UGUCGUUCAACCGCGUGCACCUCUUCUCCUUCUCUCAUCGCUCAUCUCUCAUCCCUCGCCGCCUCCCUCUUUCUUUCUUUCUUAUUGCUCCCCAUUUCACUUUUUUUCUUCUUCCUUCUUCGUUUUUUCACACUUCUUCACCGUUGACCCAUCAACAGCAAAUCUCAUACUUCUUUAGAUCUAAUGUUCUAACACCUCAUUUUCAUCUUUCCAAGAUCUGCAGUUUUUUAUGAAGAACAAGAUUUGGAUCAGAAAAAAUCAUGUCUUUGAUAAAAAGUGAUGAUUCUAUCUUAAUCAGAGAGGUUUGGAGCCAUAAUUUGGACGAAGAGUUUGAUUUAAUUCGAAAAAUUGUUGAUGACUAUCCUUUUGUUGCUAUGGAUUCUGAGUUUCCUGGGGUUGUUCUAAGACCUGUGGGUAAUUUUAAGAAUAUUAGUGAUUAUAAUUAUAAGACUCUCAAAGAUAAUGUUGAUAUGCUGAAGUUAAUCCAACUGGGUCUUACUUUUUCUGAUGAAAAGGGGAAUUUACCCACUUGUGGAACUGAUAAGUUUUGCAUUUGGCAGUUCAAUUUUAGGGAAUUUGAUGUUGUGGAAGAUGUUUAUGCUAGUGAUUCAAUUGAACUAUUGAAGCAGUGUGGGAUUGAUUUUAAGAAGAAUAAAGAGAUGGGUAUUGACUCGAAUCGAUUUGCUGAACUUCUUAUGUCAUCUGGGAUUGUUUUGAAUGAUUGUAUCAGUUGGGUUACAUUUCACAGUGGCUAUGAUUUUGGGUAUUUGCUUAAGAUGUUGACUUGUGUAGAAUUACCCGAAACUCAAGCUGGGUUUUUCAAUUUGAUCCAUAUAUACUUCCCAAUGGUUUAUGAUAUUAAGCAUUUGAUGAAGUUCUGUAACAGCCUUCAUGGUGGUCUUAACAAGCUUGCUGAAUUGUUGGAGGUCGAACGAGUUGGGAUUUGCCAUCAGGCUGGUUCUGAUAGUUUGCUUACUUGCUGUACAUUUAUGAAGUUGAAGGAUGAUUUCUUCAAUGGCUGCACUGAGAAGUAUGCUGGUGUUCUUUAUGGGCUUGGCGUCGAGGAUGGUUAAGGGUUUAUCCUUGUACUUUUAACUCUUUCUAGUUACAAGAUUAAAUAACCUUGACCAAACAAAAUCAAGUCAUUGUUGGAUUAUUAUGUCUGAUCUAGUCUCUUGUGGAGUUUUCCAUUUUAUCUUUGUACACAGUUCAGUUGGGAGGUAUUGUUCUUAAGCCUAUAAGAAAAAUGGUGUUGGUUGUUUGUGACAUCUUAGUUGUGUAGUAAUGAUCAUAUCAAUGUAAGGGAAACCUCUACUCUUUUAGGAGUUAGAGUUCUCUGUAUAUUAGAACAGUCAGUUGUUCAAGAUGAAUCUAAUCAUGCUUACUUUUGUUUCAUCAAAUUUGUGCAAUUGACUUCAAUUGAUACUAGUAUCAUUCUCUUCUUGAUUA